CUGGUCAACCUCCCCUUAAGAAAGAAAAAAAACCCGCCCGCGGAGGAGGCGGAUGUAGGGGCAGCCUGUCCAAUGGCAGCUGCUCGCUUCGGGAGACUUGGAGACUUGAGCCAGUGUGAGCGACAGAGCCCGUUCGCACAGACAGACGGACAGAGGACCAGACAGCCGCUAAGGAGCGCCCACUGUCCCCCGCCGGGCCCCCGCCCCGAACUCCAGCCUCAGCGCCCGCUGCUGCCACAGAAACAGCACGAUGCGCGGUCCUGGCGUCGAGACACGGGCGACCGCUGUCCCCCGGUCCCCGAGCCCUGGCCCCUAGCGCCCAGCGCUGCUGCCCUGCAUUAGGGAGGGCCGCGGAGACCCUAGCCUCGGUUGGCGCAGGAGCCCUGCGGGUGGGGCCUGUCCAGCCCAGCCAGGCGCGCCGGCCCAUCAUGCUCCUCCUGUCGCCGCGCAGCGCGCUGGUCUCCGUCUAUUGCCCGCAGAUCUUUCUCCUUCUGUCCAGCGGCAGCUACCUAGCACUGUCGUCCGUGGUGGCCCUGGGAGCCAACAUCAUCUGCAACAAGAUUCCUGGCCUGGCCCCACGGCAGCGUGCCAUCUGCCAGAGCCGACCUGAUGCCAUCAUUGUGAUCGGGGAGGGGGCGCAGAUGGGCAUCAAUGAAUGCCAGCACCAGUUCCGAUUCGGCCGCUGGAACUGCUCCGCCCUGGGCGAGAAGACCGUCUUCGGGCAAGAGCUCCGAGUAGGGAGUCGUGAGGCCGCCUUCACAUAUGCCAUCACUGCGGCAGGCGUGGCCCAUGCUGUCACCGCUGCCUGCAGCCAGGGCAACCUGAGCAACUGUGGCUGUGACAGGGAGAAGCAAGGCUACUACAACCAGGCAGAAGGCUGGAAGUGGGGAGGCUGCUCAGCCGAUGUGCGCUACGGCAUCGACUUUUCCCGACGCUUCGUAGAUGCUCGCGAGAUUAAAAAGAAUGCCAGGCGCCUCAUGAACCUCCACAACAAUGAGGCAGGCAGAAAGGUUCUGGAGGACCGCAUGAAGCUUGAAUGUAAGUGUCACGGUGUGUCGGGCUCGUGCACCACCAAAACCUGCUGGACCACUCUGCCCAAGUUCCGUGAGGUGGGCCACCUGCUCAAGGAGAAAUACAACGCAGCCGUGCAGGUGGAGGUGGUGCGCGCCAGCCGCCUGCGCCAGCCCACCUUCUUGCGCAUCAAGCAACUGCGCAGCUACCAGAAGCCUAUGGAGACGGACCUGGUAUACAUCGAGAAGUCACCCAACUACUGUGAGGAGGACGCGGCCACGGGCAGCGUGGGCACGCAGGGCCGCCUGUGCAACCGCACCUCUCCCGGCGCCGACGGCUGUGACACCAUGUGCUGUGGCCGCGGCUACAACACGCACCAGUAUACCAAGGUGUGGCAGUGCAACUGCAAAUUCCACUGGUGUUGCUUUGUCAAGUGCAACACGUGCAGCGAGCGCACCGAGGUCUUCACCUGCAAGUGAGGCCGCGGUGCAGGCGCACAAGGCACCUGCCCAUCCCGCGGCCCUCGCCAUUUUGCACAUCCUUCUUUGCUUCCGGAGCUGCCAGCUGUGGGCACAGGAGGGUAGAAUUGGGGGUAGGGUACUGGGGUACUUCAGACUCCUUCCUACCUGCUUUGUCCCCUCCAGAGGCACAGCAGUGCCCUGACCUACCCGGCAUCCAAGGCCAACGCAUCAGUCUGGUACCCAAUGGAGACAAAUUCCUUUACUUCUCUUCGGGAAACUGGACCUCAAAGUGACCACAAGACUCUGAGCAUCACCUCCCUGCCUGGUGGCUGGACAGAGAAAGGCCACACCCACCAGUCACACUCAAAACUGUUUCCUGAGCUGUGUCCUGCUGGCCCCUGGCAGUGUGGAUGGAUGUUGACAAAAUUAUUUAUGUUUUC